AUGGUCGAUUCAUCCAAGGAAGCCGCAAGGAACAAUGAUAAUGAGAGUCAAAGCAGACGUCCAUCGAGGGGCGUAUCUAAAACGGACACUAACAUACGUGGAAGAAGUGUGCAGCCCGAACAUCAGCCUUCUUCAUGGAUAAGAAGUGCUUCUACCUCUAGUUUACUGAGAUUGAAGAGAAACGAUGCUGGGCAUGCCCGUGGGAAUACCAAUUCAAUUGAGAAGGGCAGAUCAGAAUCUUUGAGCCGAAGUUCGGAUGCAUUGAAAGAGGGUGUUAAGGAGAUUGAUGGCAACGUCUUCAUUGAUGUCCUGCCAUCCUUCGAGAUGUAUAACACUUUGCAUAGACAUAUCCCACAAGGGAACGUUGACCCAGAUCGCCAUGAUUUCCCACCGUGCUAUCAAGAAGUUCAAACUCAAAGGAAUUCCAUCUUGAGAGCGACCGACCAGCCAGAAAGGUUGUCGCUAGAUGUUCCCCCAUCCAGUAGACGAGGUUCAACUUCUCCGAUACCAUUAAAUACAUUGCACAAUUUAUCUACCCAACAUUUGAGUCUUCGCGGUGAAUCCUCGGCGCCACAUGAUGAAGACAACAUUAUGAUAGAGGACGAUGUGAAUGAUGCAGACAACAUCAACAUUGAUAAACUUUACAGUUUGCCCAAGCUUGCUACACCGGUUGAUAUUGAUAUCAGGAUUGCCAAGGGAGCCUUGAAACCCCAUGUUAAACCAGAAGAGGAAUCAAUGCUCAAGGAGUAUACAUCAGGCGAAACUAUACAUGGAUACUGCGUUCUUGAAAAUAAGUCAUCUCAUCGUCUUAAAUUCGAAAUGUUUUACGUUACCUUGGAGGGUUACAUAUCGGUGAUCGAUAAACAAAAGGGUAAGCGUACCUUAAAGAGGUUUUUGAGGAUGGUUGAUCUGAGCGCCAGUUGGUCUUACACUCAUAUUGAUGUUAGUUCAGGUGUCAAAUAUAUUCCAGGCGAUAUUGACUUUGACCACGCCGUCAUGGGAUUAAAUAACAACAGAGUUCUCGAACCGGGCAGGAAAUACAAGAAAUUCUUUAUGUUCAAACUACCAAAUCAACUGCUUGAUGUGGCUUGUAAACAGGAGCAAUUCUCUCACUGUCUCUUGCCACCAAGUUUCGGUAUUGACAAAUAUAGGAAUAGCUGUAAAUUUGCUGGUAUCAAGGUGAACAGCAUUCUAGGUUGCGGGCAUUUGGGUAUAAAGGGCUCUCCAAUUUUAACUUCUGAUAUGGCGGAUGAUUCACUGUCAAUAAACUAUACUGUGGAUGCUAGACUUGUCGGUAAGGAUCACAAAACUCAAAAACUUAACAUCAUGAGAGAACACGAGUACAACCUCAGGGUGAUACCCUUUGGCUUCUCUUCACCGGUUAUUGGUGAACGUGUGUCAUCUCAGCAGCUAAAGGACUUGAGCAGCUUAGUACGAGAGAGACUGGAUGCUCUUCAUCGGAUCUUCGAAAGACUGAAAGAUCACCAGCCAAUACACAGUACUGAUAUUCACGGAACAGACAUCAGUGGGACUGUAGAUGAGGCGCCUGAGCUAGACUCAGAUGAGAUCUUAGCUCGUAAGAUGGAUCAAUUGCACAUGAAUAACAGGAUUAGUACUCAACAUGAUCUUUUCAAGAAAAAGGAUGGGAGGAUAUACAACGGCGAAGCUACGUAUGUCGAAGCACAACUGAGCUAUAAGUUGAAAUCAAAAAGCAGUUCCAACCUGAAAGGUGGGCUGUUUACUGGUUUUAGAAACUCAUUGUCAACGCCACAAUCACCAUCACAUGAAGCUACAAAGGAAAAUCCAAACAAGCUGGGCUUGAUGGUUUUGACGGCUAAAGUUCCUGAUUUGGCUUUACCUUAUUGGUCGCCUUCCUUGCUGAGAAAGAAGAACAGAUUUGAGGAGAAGAACGACCAUGACCAAGAAAACUGGUUGAGACUUUCAAGCUUAGUGCCAGAUGAUCUCAAAGCAGUCUUACAGCAUAUUGACAUCCAACUGGAAUGCAUUCAAUCAAAUAACAGUAAGCCUCACGAGCCUCCUGAGAUACAAAGUGUGACGACAGAACUUCUGUGCAUUACAGCAAAAUCAGAUAAUUCCAUUCCAAUCAAGUUGGAUGCCAAGAUGCUUUUGAGUAAAGAGAAGGUUCAUCAUAUUAAUCAGCAGUACGGUGAGUUUUUGAGUGAAAUCCAACGAUAUAAUGACAUGUUUGAUGAGAAUAUCGACGAACUUAACGAACUUUACAACAUGAGCAGAACAUCGAUAGCGCCCAAAGAAUUGAAGUUUACGGAUUUUAUAUCUACACAAAUAAGAGGUGACGUUGAAAGUUUGGCCAAUUUAAACAUCAAAGUGGUCAUUUUACCUGAUGUAUUCAAAAAGCAAAUUCACACGUUGAAAAAUAUUUCUCAGGACUAUCUUACGCCUGAGGUGUCUAGUACAUCUUUGCACAAAAGCACUUCUGGCAGUUUUCUGUCUGGUACUUUUAGCGGAUCAUCAAGCGAUCUAUCAAGGUCAUCUACUUCAGCUAAAUUCACUGAGCAAAUAGUCCGUGAAUGGGUCUCCGUAGCACCUUCAAAAUACCAGAGAGACGUUAAGAUUAACCUGGAAUACAACCAGAACAUCAGAGAAACACUAGUACCAUCUUUCGAAAGCUGCUUAUGUUGCCACUUUUAUUGCGUUCGGGUCAAUAUUAAGUUUGAAAACCAUAUUGGUACUGCAACCAUCGAUAUUCCUGUAUGCGUGAAGAAAUUACAUGCAUAA